AUGGCGCAAUCAGCCGAGAGACUGCUCAUGAAUGAGUUCAAGGCCUUGAGCAAAGAAACAUGGACAAACAUCGAUUUAAUCAACGAGAAUGUCUUUGAAUGGAGCGUGGCUCUCAUUGUCCUGAACCCGGACUCCCUGUAUUACGGCGGCUACUUCAAAGCCAAGCUUGCCUUCCCCAAGAACUACCCUUAUUCGCCUCCAGACUUCAGGUUCAUUCGGCCCCUUUACCAUCCCAACAUCUACCCCGACGGUCGUCUUUGCAUCUCUAUUCUUCACCCACCUGGCGAUGACGAGAUGUCGGGCGAAUCCGCUGCCGAGCGCUGGUCUCCGGUGCAGCGCGUCGAAUCCGUUCUGAUCAGCAUUCUCUCUUUGCUCGACGACCCCGAAGUCUCUUCCCCUGCCAACGUCGAUGCUGGUGUCAUGCUAAGGAACGAUCCUGAUCACUACAAGGAACUGGUCAAGAAGGACCUGGACCUGGGCAAGGCCGAUAUUCCGGCAGGCUACAUCAUGCCAACCCACGAGACGGCUUUCGUGACCAAAAAGGACGAUGGCGAUUUCGAUAUGAGCUGGGAAGACAGUGAUGCUGAGAGUUUUGGAGGAAGCGAGAGCGAUCUAGAGGAUGACGAGAUGGACUCAGACUUUGAGGGUUAUGAUGACGACGAUGAGGAAGAGUCCGAACCUACACCGGCAACCAAGUGA